GUAUCUCCAGGGUAAAUGGUGAGGCUAGUCCACACUGAACAUUACACUUUUUCCGAUCAACUCUUCGCUGAAGUCAAGAUGUAUUCAAAGUGUGCUUUUGCCCUCCUCCUGGGGGCUGUCCUCUUCGUGGCAUGUUCACCAUCCGCAGCGUAUGUCUCCGGGGUAGCCAGCAGCUAUGCAGGACGUGCCAAUCAGAGCCACAAUAUGAUCGCUGGUAGCAGACUUCCAGGGGAUCGUCUGGUGCACAGCGAGUACGUCAUCAAGAAAUCAUCUUUGUGGCAGGUCACGUCUCUUGAGAAAAUCUUCAGUGCUCCGAAAUCCGAAAUGAUCACUCAGGUGGUUGCCCGGGAUCUAACUACUGAUGGAACUGGAGCCUAUGCUAAGAUCGUCAGGGGUGGGCCUGGACGCCACAACGUCACCAUAAAAUUCAAGAGCCAGAGGAACCACGGCAUCAAAUUCCAGAUUGAAAUUUACUCUAGACGUUGAGCUGUGACUCAAAGCUGAUACGAAACAAUAUUUUUCCUCUUUCUUAUCGCAAGUUGUAUGAUUUGUGAAAUCGCAAGUCAAUAUUUGACACGUCUUCCAUUCACCUUGAAUAAAGCGAAUAUUGAUAAUGAACAA